UACGCGCAACCGUUUUACGACCAUUUGCACUGCGUUGUUCUGUUACUGGCCUGUCGUCGCGCAUUCCUCGUCUACCUAUUACGAACCUGACUCAGACUAAGUUUCGUUGGGCUUGACCGUGGCCACAUCAGCGAUAGCCCUGCUCCUUUUUUGCGCAUCGUCGACCCAUCAGGAGCCCGUAUCUCUCCUAUUUGAUACGUGCGGCUUCCUUGGUUCUUGUUCCUCUGCCUUGGGUACUAGUGAUUGCCUACUUUACUGCCUAGCUUGCUGCUUAGCCUAGGACUAGGACCGUUCAAUAGCGUGCAUCGUCAGGCUAAAAGAGGUGGUCGCAUCCGCCGGCUGAGCCGACCCCCCGAUUUGCACACUUUCCACCUGCCGCGCUAGGGAGGAAACUAGGUACCCACGCCCUGCAACCAUUCGUCGUUACGUCAGCCUUGCCUUCCCAUUUGGCCCAUCUGGUGUCGCACCUCUAGCGAUAGGUUCCCCCCUUCCACCCCCUUUUCCAACUUUAUUGUUGCAUAUCAGCCCGGGUCUGCUCUAUCCGCGCCCCGACUAAGUACAACAAUCAACCGCGCAACAACGCUCUUUGGGCGCAAAACCAUUAAACUUCACUUUUCCCCGUCGGGUAUGCUCAUGUUCCGAUUUUGGAGUUCAGAUUCGAGGGGAAGCGACAAAACUAUACAAGUUGAACAGCCUAUGCUUGAUUUCAGCAAACCACUGCAGCCUUGGGUGUCAUCAGAGUCGCCGCUUACUACUGCGGCCGCCACAAACAUCCCUACAACCCCGAGGCGGCGCAAGCAGAGCAACGUCGCGAUAGCGUCGCAACUGCCUGCUUCUUCACCCGCGCUCAAGCGGACAAGGACUGAUGAUGAUGACUAUGAUAGCCUUAGGGCGCACAAGAAGGUGGCUUUGUCGUCGGUAGAGGAGGAGAGAGGGCGUGCAUCGUGGCCCGUAUUGAAUAGGCCCGACAUGAAUCGCGCUAGAGAUGCUAUCGAACAACAGUUUAGUCUUGAGAUCUUACUCAAGCACGACGAGUUACGCUUGAUUAAUCAAGAACUUGCCAAAUGCCAGGUGGCUUUGGAACAACUUCGAAGGUGCCAUCUAAUUCCGUAUCCACAGAACGUUCCCACGCCGGAACAUAUGGUGAAUAUAAUGAAUGGGUCAGGUGCAGCCUUGCAGCCGAAGUUGGGCGAGAAGCUGCCUCAGUGGGCACCUCCCUUUGGCGUCACCGAGGGUCCGUACGCGCGACAUUAUGCCAAGUGGCUCAUACCCGAUCCUAAGUUCGACGGCAUCCAGCCUGAGGCACAUGUGCAAGCCGAGAACUCAAGAUUCAGGAAUUCGAUAGACGGUAGAUCGACGAGAAAUAGUUAUGCUGAGUUAGGUGCGUCCCAGGGGAGAGGUCGACCAGUAAGGGGUACGGCAGGUCAGAAGCUCCAAGCCCUGUCAAGUGGUUAUCCGCCUCCCAAGGAUAAAAACGGACCUUGCGUCCUAAAGCGAUCUGAUGGGAAGACCGUAAAACUUGUCUGCAUUGAUUGCCAUCGCGAGAACUUUUCAAGUACGCAGGGGUUUAUUAACCACUGUCGAAUAGCGCACAAGAGGGACUUCAAGAGCCACGAGGAAGCUGCGGUGCACUGCGGCCAUCCUAUCGAGGUUACUGAGCCUAGUGGUACGGUAGGAGAAGAAAAACCAGUCAUCCAGAGUACACCUUCGUCCGGUCUUGUCCAUCCAUUUGUGCGGGAGAAUGCUAUGUCCGAGUCUGAGGCUUGUUUCUCUGUUGUGCGUCGUAUCCAGGAAUCGUUAGAAAUGUACAGCCGGGGCCAACUGCAUGGCGUUUCGUCGAUUCCCGGCGCCUCCAAGAAUUCUCAGAGCGCACCAGCGGCACCUAGACAGCAGCCAAAUUUCUUACCUUCAGCUGAUUCUCCACAUCUAUCUCGCUUACUCCAAAGCAGAGGAUUUAAUGGCAACCUGAGCGAGUUGGUCAGUGAGGCUAAGGCCAAGAUCGACCUCGACCAGUACUUCUCCCCCGAUGAUGAGUUGGACGAGGUUGACGCGGGCGGUAAUGGCGCUGAAAAUGCAGCUGCACGCCAGGCCCCGUCCCUCGUACGGGUCCCCGUGAGGGCCACAAUGUCACCUGCUAUCGCUACUGCUCGACCACCUAGUAGCAAAGGCCACCCUUCGCAUAUUCCCUAUGCCACUCCUGUGCCAACCCCAGCUCCCCAAGUUAUAUCAGCUCCCGAACCAGAGAUGAUUGUAGAUGACGACAUGUUAGAUGUGGAUUUAAGCCCUCAUACUGCCGUCAGCAAUAAUGCACCGUCUCUUGUCAGCGAUGAUGGGGAGUAUGAUGACUCGGAAGCCGACUCGGAGAUGGAAUCAGACCUGAAUGAUAGCAUCGGGGCACAGUCCAUAUCGGAUGUCGACGAAAUCGACAUCGAAGACGACCAUAGCGGUGCACGUUCUAUUCGGCACCAUCGUGGUUCUACCGGCGCAGGGCCUGGGACGACGGUGCGCCUACGUAAGGAUGACAGUAAGCACGUCACCUUUGUCAGCCCUAUCAAGGGGAAUGGGAAUGAACAUCAGAGACGGGGUCGAAGAUAGUAUAUGAAGUUCUUAAUCAGGAUUUUUUUCAUGCAAUCUUUGCGUGGACUAGUCGGUUGGCGGUCAAGAAGACGUGCUGAGCGACUCUUUUAACGUUGGACUAUACCGAAUUCGUUUAUGACCACUCUUACUAUACACCUUUUAUUACGAUUGCAUUUCGAAUUUUUUCAGUUUAAGAUAUGUGCCGGGGAGCCAGUAUUCUGGAGGUUCACGCAGAACAUGUCUAUUAGGUUACGAAGUUGAUUCGAUCAGCGUUAACAGGGAAGCACGGCGGCGUCGGGUUGAUAGGUCAAUUUGAAAUUAGUAGAGGUUAGAGGACACUCAGUGUGAGGAGGCACUGCCGGUUUUGAUACACCUAUCCUCCACAGCGCGCAAGCUGGUUAGCAACAAUUGUUUUUUAUGAAGGGAUGCGAGACAGAGGCUGAUAGACAGCUGUUCCUGUAUCUAUAAUAUCGAAACUGUAUAAAGAAGCCAUCGAAUAUUGAGAGCUUGCGCAAGCAAACAUAGAUCUGCUUAGUUAACGAAUAGUGAUUUCACCCUUUGUUUCUCGUAAUAAGAGUAGUAAUUCAAUACGUUAAACUG